AGAAGUUUGUGGCUGGCGUCAUGUUCCGCAAGAAGAAGAAGAAACGCCCGGAGAUCUCGGCUCCGCAGAACUUUGAGCACCGUGUCCACACCUCGUUUGACCCCAAGGAGGGCAAAUUCGUGGGCUUGCCACCCCAAUGGCAGAACAUUCUGGACACGCUGAGGCGCCCCAAACCAGUGGUAGACCCUUCCAGGAUCACAAGGAUGCAGCUCCAGCCUAUGAAGACGGUGGUGAGGGGCAGCACGGUGGGCGUGGAAGGCUACAUCUCUGGCAUCCUCAGCGACAUCCAGAAGCUCUCUGCCAUCAGUUCCAACACGCUGCGGGGAAGGAGCCCCACCAGCCGCAGGAGAGCCCAGUCCCUGGGGCUGCUGGGUGAGGACAGACCCCCGGACAUGUACCUUCAGAGCCCUGAAGCAGACUGGGCAGACAAGUACGGAAACUACCUCAAUUGCAACGGUGGGACGAAGGUGACGCGGCGCCAGACUAUGUGGCCAGACUACAAGCCCCGAGCCGAGGGACAGGCUCACCCCAACGGCAUGGUGAUGAAAGCACAGUCCCUCGGGCCCUCGGAGUUCCAGGGUGCUGAGGGCAGCUGCCUCCAGCGUGCCUUUGGCCUGCAGCACGUGCCAGCUCUGCCAGGGGACGGCGAGAACGUGGGCAAGAAGAGCUCAGAAGAGUGCUGGCCUCAGCCCUGUGUCAUGCGCCACGCAAGCUCCAGGCCCUCGGGGGAGGGCAGCCCGAGCUCCAAAUCCAGGGAGAACAGCCUGAAGAGGAGGCUGCUACGCAGCGUGUUCCCCUCAUCCAGCGGCUCAAACAAGUCGGGCUCUUCCCUGCAGAUGAAGCCUAAUGCUCUGUUCAGGCCCCAGCAGUGGGGUUCACCACGCAGCCCUGCGGCCAAAGCCCAGUCCCUCCCCCCGGAUCAGCCUGCGGCCGACGUCCCCAGGCUCGCCUCGGAAGCUGGGACGCCCCAGAAGUCGCCGCCGGCGGAGACGGCCGCCGCGCUGCCCCAGGGGAGGCCGUCGCCCGCGGGGUCCCCCCGGAACCGCCAGACCCAGACCAGCUCCAGCAACCUCCACCUGCCCCAGGACUCCUCUGCCAAGGGGCCGCCGGCCGCCGAGGACCCCGUGGUCGUGACCCACGAGCAGUUCAAAGCCGCCCUCAGGAUGGUCGUGGACCAGGGGGAUCCGCGGGCGCUGCUGGAGAACUACGUGAAGAUCGGGGAGGGCUCCACGGGCAUCGUGUGCAUCGCUCGGGAGAAGCACUCGGGCCGGCAGGUGGCCGUCAAGAUGAUGGACCUGAGGAAGCAGCAGCGCCGCGAGCUGCUGUUCAACGAGGUGGUGAUAAUGAGGGACUAUCAACACGUCAAUGUAGUGGAGAUGUACAAGAGCUACCUGGUGGGAGAGGAGCUCUGGGUGCUGAUGGAGUUCCUGCAGGGGGGAGCCCUCACGGACAUCGUGUCUCAGAUCAGGCUGAAUGAAGAGCAAAUUGCUACUGUGUGUGAGUCAGUGCUGCAGGCUCUGUCCUACCUUCACUCCCAGGGGGUCAUUCACCGAGACAUCAAGAGCGACUCCAUUCUCCUGACCCUGGAUGGAAGGGUCAAGCUCUCGGAUUUUGGCUUCUGUGCUCAGAUCAGUAAGGAUGUACCCAAAAGGAAGUCCCUGGUAGGCACUCCCUACUGGAUGGCUCCAGAAGUGAUUGCCAGGAUACCAUACACCACUGAGGUGGAUAUCUGGUCUCUGGGGAUCAUGGUGAUAGAGAUGGUGGAUGGGGAACCCCCCUAUUUUAGUGAUUCUCCAGUCCAGGCAAUGAAGAGACUCCGUGACAGCCCUCCUCCCAGACUGAAAAACUUCCACAGGACCUCCCCGGUUCUGAGGGACUUCUUGGAGAGGAUGCUGACGCGGGAUCCGCUGGAACGGGCCACGGCACAAGAGCUGCUGGAUCACCCCUUUUUGCUGCAGACGGGGCUUCCAGAGUGCCUGGUGCCCCUCAUCCAGCAGUACAGGAAGCGCACCUCGAGCUGCUGA